AUGUGUCCAUUGGCAACGUUUUGCAAUUGUACGGAUUGUUUCUUUGGUGAUCGUUGCCAGUUUUAUGCAAAUGGUAUUGAACUGACACUUGAUGAUAUUUUACGUUAUGAUAUACGGCCAAAUGCAACAAGUAUUUUGUGUAUUUUGACAUUCCGUGUUCGUGAAUCAAGAGAAGUUGGAUGUGGAAUGUAUCUCCUGGCAUCAUAUAUUACAUCUCUUCUGACAAUAGCCAUGUUUACAGCCAAGUUCUGGUUUCUUAUUUUAACUCAAGUGAAUCCAACAAUUAGUCGAUUAUUGGAAUUCAUUUUGAAAGUGUUCUUAUAUACGGAUAAUUGGUUUAAUGCUUGUGUAGCGCUUGAAAGAUUGGUUAUUGUGUAUAAAGGCGUUUAUUUCAAGAAGCAAACGUACUGCACGAAUCCUGAUAAUCUUUUUGCCAUUAAUUAUUACGAUAUCUAUGAUUCACGAACCGUUGUAUCGCGUAUUAUACGACGAUAA